AUGCUGGACGCCUUCCUGCCCUCGCUGUCCACCCUGCUGCCCACGCUGGCCACCCUGCUGCCCACAGUGGCCACCCUGCUGCUCACACUGUCCACCCUGCUGCUCACACUGUCCAUCCUACUGCCCAUACUGUCUAUCCUACUGCCCAUACUGUCCACCCUACUGCUCACGCUGUCCACCCUACUGCCCAUACUGUCCAUCCUACUGCCCAUACUGUCCACCCUGCUGCCCACACUGGCCACCCUGCUGCCCACGCUGUCCACCCUGCUGCUCACACUGUCCACCCUACUGCUCACGCUGUCCACCCUACUGCCCACACUGGCCACCCUGCUGCCCAUACUGUCCACCCUGCUGCCCACGCUGUCCACCCUGCUGCUCACACUGUCCAUCCUACUGCCCACGCUGGCCACCCUGCUGCCCAUACUGUCCACCCUACUGCCCACACUGGCCACCCUGCUGCCCAUACUUGGCCACCCUGCUGCCCACGCUGUCCACCCUACUGCUCACGCUGUCCACCCUGCUGCUCACGCUGUCCACCCUGCUGCCCACAUGGCCACCCUACUGCCCACAGUGGCCACCCUACUGCCCACGCUGUCCAUCCUACUGCCCACGCUGUCCACCCUACUGCUCACGCUGUCCACCCUACUGCCCAUGCUGUCCACCCUGCUGCUCACGCUGUCCACCCUACUGCUCACGCUGUCCACCCUGCUGCUCACGCUGUCCACCCUGCUGCCCACACUGGCCACCCUACUGCCCACGCUGUCCAUCCUACUGCCCACACUGUCCAUCCUACUGCCCACGCUGUCCACCCUACUGCCCACGCUGUCCACCCUACUGCCCACGCUGUCCACCCUACUGCCCACGCUGUCCACCCUACUGCCCACAGUGGCCACCCUACUGCCCACAGUGGCCACCCUGCUGCCCACAGUGGCCACCAAACUGCUCACGCUGUCCACCCUGCUGCCCACAGUGGCCACCAUACUGCCCACAGUGGCCACCCUACUGCCCACGCUGACCAUCCUACUGCCCAUACUGUCCACCCUGCUGCCCAUACUGUCCACCCUGCUGCCCAUACUGUCCACCCUACUGCUCACGCUGUCCGCUGUCCAGUCGCAAGCGUCCACGCUGUAA